AUUGGGUUUCAACAGAUGACAUGAAUAGCGUAUGGAGAACACACACAAAAUCUCCAAGUUGUAAUUGAUCUCAACUACCAGCCUAAUGCAGAGAAUGGUCGGUGUGACUAAAUAGUAUGAUCCGUUGUUUACAUACUUGCCAAACGAAGACAUUUUUUUCAGCUUCUGCCAAACGCGUUUUAAGCUUCUUCUUCUUCUACCUAUACAUAUGAGACCUUAGGGUUGUUUGAUUUGGGCAAAAAGAAGACAAGCUACAACUUGUUUUUGUAGCAAUCUCCAUCAUCAACAUGGCCACAGAGGCGAUCUUUACAUCCUUACGACUAAGGAGCUCACCGUCACUGGAAGCAUUUUUGACAACAACCGUUGAUCUCUCCGACGUCUCUCUCGUUCGAACCCUAGCUUCAGUUUCAGCAGAGCUCGUCUCGUGCUUCCGCAGCGUACGUUUCUCCUUCCAACGCAGAAACGCACGUUCCCUACUUCGGAAGAUUGAGGUCUUACUCGUCUUGUUCGAAUACCUCGCCGAUGAUUCAGGUUCGGUUUCUUCGACGGCGGUGAUGUGUUUUAACGAGAUCUAUAUCUUCCUCCACCGUUCUAAAUUACUUCUCCAAUACUGUGCUCAAUCUAGUAAGCUAUGGCUUUUACUACAAACCCCAUCGCUUUCAGACUUUUUCCAUUACUUGAAUCGAGAUAUUUCGAUCCUUUUAGAUGUUAUCCCGUUCAACAGUCUCCAUCUAAGCGACGAUAUUAGAGAACAAAUCGAGCUUUUGCAUCAACAAGCCACUAAAUCGACGACGACACUGUUCGUUGAUCGCAACGACGAAUCGCUACGGCAACGAUUCUAUACGUUUCUCAACGGAUUCGAGAACGGCGAAAUACCUAAUACGGAUGAACUGAGAUCCUUCUUCGUUGAGAAAUUAGGGAUUAAGGAUCCCAAAAGUUGCAGAGAUGAAAUCGAGUUUUUAGAAGAGCAGAUUUCGAAUCACGAUUGUGAUGAUUUGGAGCCUUCAAGGUCUGUGGUUAACGCGUUUUUAGCUAUCACACGGUAUUGCAUGUUUUCGUUGUUUGCGUUUGAAGAUGGGUUGGAUUGGAGUAUCAUCGAGAACUCCAAGAAACAGAGGAAAUGUUUAGUUGCGGAGGAGAUCGUGGAAACGUUUACGACACUACCAAAGGAUUUUGUAUGCUCCAUCUCUCUUAGUUUGAUGAAGGAUCCUGUGAUUGUUUCCACUACUGGACAAACUUAUGAUCGGAGCUCAAUCGUUAGGUGGUUUGAAGAAGGUCACUCUACUUGUCCCAAAACAGGACAAAAGCUUGUGGACUCUUCUUGUAUUGUUCCUAACCGAGCUUUGAGAGAGUUGAUAACACGUUGGUGCGCUGCAACGGAGUUUGGAGAGUCACCAGAGGAGGAGUCUCCUGCUUGGGUUAUGCAAACGAGAGCUUCAAUGGAAGCAACCAAAGCCACUGUAUUGAUUCUCAUACAACAUCUAGCUGGUGAGUCAGAGUUAGCUCAGGUGGUGUCGGCAAGAGAGAUCCGUCUUCUAAGCAAAACAGUAAGGGAAAGAGGUGAACUGAUCGCAGAAGCAGGUGCAAUCCCACGUUUGGUUAGGCUUCUUAAAUCCCAAAACUCUGUUGCGCAAGAGCAGUCGGUUACAGCAAUGCUUAACUUGUCUGUAUGCGAAUGCGAGUUAAACAAGAGCCUGGUCAUGGAGGAAAAUGAUUGCCUUGAGUCUAUUGUGAGUGUUCUCGCCUCGGGUCUUACUUUGGAAGCUCGAGGGAACGCAGCAGCCACAUUGUACUGUCUUUCUACAGUACAUGAAUAUAAGAAACGGAUCGCAAACGCUGUUGGCUGCAUCGAAUCACUUGUAUUGCUGUCUCAAAAUGGAAAGCCGAGAGGGAGAAAAGAUGCUAUCAACGCUUUAAGUGGUAUAUGGAGAGAUCCGGAUAAUCACAGUAAGAUGAUAAACUCGGGAGGAGUGUUAGCUCUAGUGAAAGCUUUGGUGGAUGAGGAUGAGGCUGUGGCGGAGAGAGCGGUGGUAGUGUUGGCUGUAGUAGCGAAUAAUUCUUUAGGAGCAGAGACUAUAGGAAGAGAGGAAUCAGCUAUGGCGGGGCUCAUUGAAUUGAUGAGAUGUGGAACACCAAGGGGGAAAGAAAAUGCGGUUGCUACCUUGUUACAUCUCUGCGUAAACGGUGGAGCAGUUGUCGUGGAGAAGGUGGUGAGAGCACCGGCUCUUACUGGUUUGACCCAAAACGUUUUGCGCACGGGUACAGACCGAGGUAGGCGGAAUGCGACUUCACUCCUUGGUUUGUUUCUUAACGGGUGCGAAAACACAGCAAUGAUGCGGUCUGGUAAUAGAGAAGGGAGUCUUGAAACCCAUGUUUCCCUACCACCCAUUUCUGUUCCCGUAUCUGUCUUGUGAUCUUAUUAUAUAAAUAAAUGUAUAUGUACAUAAUAAACCUUGGAAAAUAGUAUUUAAGGGGGGAAUGAAGAAAUAUAAGAGUUCUAUU